AUGUCUAGAGACGAUACGUCAGUUCACAUGCUAAGGAGUUUCGUUGGCGACAUAUUCCUAUUGGUCGGACUAUUGGUGUGUAAUCUCUCAUUAGAGAAGCUAUGGGUUCAAACGCAUCGGGGUUUCUUCUGUGGCGACGAGAGCUUAAUGCUCCCAUACAGAGACGACACAGUAACGGAAUUAGUGCUGAGAAUAAUUGGAAUAAUCCCGCCUAGUAUAUUAAUUUUAAUCUUCGAGUGGACUCUUCUGCGCAAGGAACGCAGCGCAAGAUGUUUUUCCAUACCCGUCCCGUGGUGGGUGAGAAGUUCGUUUGGCAUUCUUAUGUCAUUCUCGGUCGGGUUUUGCUUCAAUGAAAUAUUUACGAACAUGGGAAAGAAAGUCAUUGGAAGACUUAGACCACAUUUCUUUGAUCUAUGCAAGCCUUCAGUGGACUGCAGUUUGCCAACUGACUUCGGACGGUACAUUGCUCCGAAUGAAUACACAUGCACAGCAGAAACUCCACUCUUAACUGAUAAUUUAAGAAAAUCAUUCCCCAGCGGACAUUCUUCGAGUAUCGCCUACACUGCGAUUUUUAUAGCUAUAUACUUAGAAAGGCGCUCAGUGUGGAAGAACCACAGGAUCUUCCGCCACACUAUUCAGUUGGCAUUUUUACUGAUGAGUUGGUACGUCGCCUUAUCAAGAAUAACAGACUUCAAGCAUCACUGGAGCGAUGUUCUCUGCGGAUAUGCUCUGGGAAUGUUCAUCGCUCUAUUUAUGGCUGUAAGAGGAACUGAGCUCAUUGAGGCGAAGAAAAACAAUUCAUCACCAGCACACGAAGUUAACCUUAAUCAUCAAGAACUGCCUAUUAGUGCGUAACGGGAAUUAUUGUUAUUUUAAUAGUAUCCAUUAAUAGUUAAUUAAUUUAAUGUUUUACUAUAACCAAAUAUACUCAUAACGUACUUUACUGGUGGUAGGACCUCUUGUGAGUCCGCACGGGUAGGUACCACCACCGCGUAUUUCUGCCGUGAACCAGAAGCUUUUCGA